AUGGAUGAAGAGAGCCUGGAGACGGCCCUCCAGACCUACCGUGGCCAGCUGCGGCAGGUGGAGGUGGCCCUGGGUGCGGGCCUGGAUGCCUCCGAGCAGGCGGACCUGCGCCAGCUGGAGGGCGACCUGAAGGAGCUGAUCGAGCUCACCGAGGCCAGCCUGGUGUCCGUCAGGAAGAGCAAACUGCUGGCCUCGCUGGACCAAGAGUGCCCACCCCAGGAGGACGCCGAGUACCUGGCGUUCCAGAAGGCCACUGCCGAGGUCGAGGAUAUGUCCGCCACUCCCAGGGUAAACCCGGAGAACGGCGCUGCGGGAGAGACAGGACCGGAACUCGCUGGACCUGGGCAGGAGGAAGAGGGAGAGGAGGAUCGGGAGGAGGGAGAGGAGGAUCGGGAGGAGGGAGAGGAGGAUCAGGAGGAAGAGCUGAACGGAGCGAAGGUGAACGCCCCCUACUACAGUGCGUGGGGCACCCUGGAAUAUCACAAUGCCAUGGUGGUGGGCAGCGAGGAGGCAGAGGACGGCACGGCCUGCGUCCGCGUGCUCUACCUGUACCCCACUCACAAGUCCUUGAAGCCGUGCCCAUUCUUCCUGGAGGGAAAGUGCCGCUUCAAGGAGAACUGCAGGUUCUCCCAUGGGCAAGUGGUCUCUGUCGAUGAGCUGCGCCCCUUCCAGGACCCAGACUUGAGCUUGCUGCAGGUUGGCUCUGCAUGUCUGGCCAAGCACCAAGAUGGCCUCUGGCACCCGGCACGAAUCACUGAUGUGGACAAUGGCUACUACACGGUCAAGUUUGACUCACUGCUGCUGAAAGAAGCUGUGGUAGAAGGAGACAGCAUCCUACCCCCACUUCGGAGAGAAGCUGAAGAGUCUUCUGACUCAGAUAGUAGUGAUCUGGGUGGCUCCAGCUAUGCCAGAGUAGUGGAAUCAGUCACUGCGGAUACCGGGACCUGCAGUUCUGCCUUCGCUGGCUGGGAGGUGCACACACGUGGCAUUGGCUCUAGACUCCUCGCCAGGAUGGGCUAUGAGUUUGGCAAAGGUCUAGGCCGACAUGCAGAAGGCCGGGUGGAGCCCAUCAAUGCCGUGGUGUUACCUCGAGGAAAGUCACUAGAUCAGUGUGCAGAGAUCCUGCAGAAAAGGAUCAAGGAGGGGCAGGCUGGUGCCAACAGGCCCCCAAGGUGUCGGAGGAGGAAGGCUAGGCCUGGGAGCCACCUGCCCCCUCGGAAUGUAUUUGACUUCUUAAAUGAAAAGCUGCAGAGCCAGGCUCCUGGAGCUCUGGAGGCUGGGGUGGAUUCCCCUGGAGGGAAGAAAAGCAAGGACAUGUACCAUGCCAGCAAGAGCGCCAAGCAGGCCCUGAGCUUACGGCUCUUCCAGACAGAGGAGAAGAUUGAGCGGAUCCAGCGGGACAUCCGGGGCAUCCAGGAGGCCCUCAUUCGGAAUGCUGGCCGGCACAGUGUGGCAGCAGCCCAACUGGAGGAGAAGCUGGCGGGGGCCCAGCGGCAGCUGGGGCAGCUCCGGGCUCAAGAGGCAGGUUUACAGCGUGAGCAGCGGAAAGCAGACACCCACAGGAAGAUGACAGAAUUCUAGAAGCCUUACAGAACCUGUGGAUAAAGUCCUGGCUGCCUUUGCAGGAAGACCAACCAUCACCCUGACAUCUUGAAGAAAGACCAGCCCAUUCUCAGAUUGCCCCCAGUUCAGCCUUGCUGACCUGGAGCAUGUGGACACUGUUGUAUGGAGAUAAGCUACAGGAUUACUUCUAGAUACUUCAUUGCCCACCACGCCCACCUGCCAGUGUCUUGGGGCAUCUUCCUUCCAAGGACAUUAAAGUGAUUUUAAUACUGUG